UGCUCCAUCUUCCAUCUGGAUCUCUGUUUUCCUUUCCUUCUCCGCCCAAUUUUGGGUUCCUUCCUAAAUGAGUCUUGGACUUCCGGACACCGACACCCCAGGGGUUCCCAAUCCCGACGACUUCAUGAGCAUGCAGCAUCACCACCACAACCACCACAACCACCACAAUCUCAACCCCCACCCACACCAUUAUUACUUUCUCCACGCCGCGGAUUCCAAACCCGCCUUCCCUUCUUCCUCCAAUGCCACUCCCUCUGACGCAGCCCCCCAGGAGCAGCGCAUGCUGGAGUACACGCGGUCACUAUCUCAGGGGACGGCGAGGCGACUGGUGCCCGCGGCCACGUAUUUGGCGGUGCUGGUGUGCCUGGCGGCGUCGUUGUUGAUCCUUCCGUUGAUUCUACCGCCGUUGCCGGCGCCGCCGUUGAUGCUGCUGUUGCUUCUUCCCAUUGGUAUUUUGGGAAUGCUGAUGGUGUUGGCGUUUAUGCCUUCGAAUGACGCCAAGGAUAUUAGUUCCUCUCAUACGUAUAUGUAAUCUAAAUCUCUCCUUCAAUUUUGUAUCUCUCUGUUUUUGUUCAGCUACAGAAUUAAGGGUUCUUUCAUUACUUGGAAAUCAUAUAAUUUUAGACAA